GGGUACUUUAUCAGUUCCGGUACUUUAACCGCGCUGGGUUGUAAGCAGGUGUGUCGCAGUGUUUGUAUUUAAUUCAUGGAGUGAAGUAUAUAUUAGAGCCCUAACUUUAUCUCUGUUAGCUUUCUGUGAGGGCGGUGCCCGUCUGCCUCACCUUUUGCGAACCCUCCAAGUCACCAACGGGUAUGUCGACCUCUAAGACAGCAGUUUCAGAGCUGGCAAUUUUAGUCAACGAUAGAUGACGAGAAAGAAGCAAGCACUGGCAAGGAAGAUAGUUGCAAUACAAAUGUUGAAGAGUUUCGCUCAGUAACGGUCAUCUAGUCUUACCUUGCCAUUCAAACAACAGACUUUUGUUCAUUUUCGGGGUCAUCUUUUUCAUGACUACUGAAACAGAUUGAAUAAUUCUCACUUCACAUCCACCCCAACUCCGUCGUACUUCUUUGUUUUAUAUCCGGGACGAACCGUCAGCAAACAGCGGACGAAAGUAUUCCAUAUCUACCUAAGAAAUAACUUGAAAGGUUAUAAGAGCAUAAAACACGUGUGUGCACCUGCACAGGGCCGCCACAUCAGUAUAUAUUGGAUAGAAAACAAGAGCGAAGGGGAUGAACUACACCUUUAUGACAGUAUUUGUUUGUUCCAACCUAAACAAAGCCUUCAGUCCGUGUAAUGAAUUCUUAAACACUCUUCUUUCAUUUUUUACGAUCACUGACCUUUUGUGCGGGUUCCCAGACUGAGCCUUCUUCGUUCCACCUGAUGAUUGUCAUUAACCCUAAAAACCGCAGCAAGAAGUCGGGACUGUUCCUGAGUGUCCUUUGUAUGUAGAUUUUACAUAAUUUUACUUACAAUAAGGCAUGGGUAAUUACCACACGGACUCAAAUUUUUUUUUUCCACAAGAUGGCUUCCUCGAAAAAGGUUAAAGGGUCAUUUAUUAUGCCCGGUUUUUAGAAUCGUCCACAGCAUGGCUUGCGUAUUGCCAAACUCGUCAGCAACAUCAUUUUUCUUUCUGCAACGAUGAUGGGAACUUUUUCUUUCCAGUUGUAAACUGACGCCGCAUGUUUGAACGCGUCCAUCCCAUCUGUGGACACUCAUGCACUAACGACAAGUUUGGUUUUUUUCCCCAGCAGAGCAAACCGUCUGUCGCAACAGAUGACGAUUUUCCAUUCUAUUACGCAGUAGCCACUUAACGUCACUGAAUUUUACGUCAGAGAGCAGAAUGUCCUGUCUGGUCGCCGCCUGACUCUCAUUCGCAUGCAGACUUUACACUGUUGUGUACGAGAGAGAUGCCAGCUACCAGCUAAGUGACAUCUAACAUCCCAAGAACGUUCGAGAAAACGAUUUUUUUCACUUUUGGACUUUUCUACCUGAAUAAGUCAAGUGCUGAGACAAGGGUACGUUUGUCAGUUAUGGAAGAUUAGGCUGGUGAACAGGGCAACGCAUGGUUGCCAGUGAAGUCAGUAGCCUUAUUUUUCAAAGAUAUUUACUGGUUGGUAUCUUGGAAAUGCCCUGACACUGCGUUCUGUGGCUAGUGACAACAAAUAGAGCUCGCCCUAAAACAUCGAUGACCGCGAAUGGCAGGGACACAGCUUCAGAAGAAAGACCGUCCGUCGUCCGUCCUUCGUCCUCCACAAGCGAUGUCAGCAACCGCAUGAAUAGUGCCACUUGAAUAGUGCAUCUGCCUGAAUACAAUAAAUGUUUGAUUACUUCAGAUCUCUUGUAGAUAUAUAGAGAUAUAGAGAGAGGAAACAGCUGUCUCAGUUAAGUAGAUAACUUCCCAACAGCAGGAGGUAACCUGAUACAGCAGCUGCCUGAGAACAGAAUAUUCCCAAACAUAAACAGCUGCUUGGACACUGCUUCUCCAAUAUCAACAACAUGGCGAAGCUGGCGUGGUGGAGGAGAAUACAACGGAAAUCCAUCUCCUCGACUGGUAUUGUGUGUUUGUUCUUUAUGGGGUUCUACUUCCUGCAGAUGUUCUCGCUGAUGUCUCACGUCCACCACCACGAGCCACAGCGAGUCAUGGAAAUGACGGCAACAGCCGGCGAGAACAUCUUGCGGAGCGAGAUCACCAAGGUGGCCACCCUCUUUGUGAAUGUCACCACCCCAUCUGUCAGCUACAACAUCUGCAUUCCGGCGUCUGGGCAGCUGGGGAACCUCCUGUUCCAGUACGCCUCUCUCCUCGGCAUCGCGCGCCGCAACAACAGGCAGCCGUACUUUCCCCCAGACGCGAGGAUGUCGCAGACGUUCAGCGGUCUGAGCUACUUGAGCACCAUCGAGUGCAAGACCUACCCGAUUGUGUACGAGGACCACUACGCGACAUACGAUCCAAAAUUUGAGAAGCUUCCCGAGACUAAUGUGCUGCUUCUGCAGUACUUUCAAUCUUGGAAGUACUUCGACUUCAUCAAGGACGAGGUGCGCAAGGAGUUUACUUUCGUCGACAGCGUGAACGACACCGCCGCGCGCUUGUUGCAGCAGUGCACGAGGGACCACCAAGGAAAGAUCAAAGUCGGGGUGCACGUCAGACGAGGGGACAGGGAGUUUCUUCUGACGAGGGGCUACCCGAUGGCCCCCCUAGAAUACAUCCUGCAGGCCAUGACCUACAUGCGUGAUCGACACAAAAAUGUCGUCUUUGUCAUCGUCAGCGACUCUGUUCACUGGUGCCAAAGCAACUUCAAUCACACCGACGUGGUGCUGGCGCCGAGCGCUUCACCCUCGGUGCACUUGGCCAUGCUGGCCGCCUGCGAUCACGUCAUCAUGACAGUGGGUACCUUCGGAUGGUGGGGGGGCUAUCUUGCGGGUGGAAACGUCGUGUACUACGUGGCGUUUGACCCCAAACUGCGGAACGCCACCUUGAUUGACAUUACACACCCGGAUGAUCAUUACCCCCCACACUGGAUUCCUAUACGAUUGUAGAAAUGCUAUUCUGGGCUGGUUUUAUUCUUUGUGGAUAUGUCGCUACAUCUGUUGGUUGUGUUGUUACAUAUACUGAGCAGCGUGGUCACCAGGGUUAUAACAUUGGUGAUGUUAACCGGGUUGGAUAAAUUAUUAUUAUUACACGGUACAUUUCCUCGUGUGGAGGGGAGGUCAAUGCCCUGAACAUGAAAGACUGCAAACAAUCAGCCAUUCAACAAAGAAACACCAGCAACAACAAACGGAGAAAACCGAGGCAAACACGAGUGAAGUGUAUAGACGUAGAUAAAGAAUCAAGAAAAGAGCGAAAGAGUUCGCUGUAUUUUGAUGUUUCCGAAACAGGUUGGUUUUGAGGCCUUUUUUUAAAGCUUCGAACCUUUUGCCACACACAUUUCGUGAAAAGAGAGGCAAAGAAUUCCAGGUGGCGUCAGAAAAGAAGUGUGAUGAGGGACACAGAGAGGAGGUCUCUGGGAUAAAUUAAGAUAUACAGUACUGGGUUUGAUCUGGGAGGGUAGCUAUAGGGAGAGAUAGCUACUCUGACUAUACUUUGUGAAAACAAACAUUUGGUGCUGAAGUCUGCAUUCAGACCAGAGUUUCUUUAAUAUUUUCAUGUCCUUUCCCCUGAGGGUCGAAGGGGCUUCAAUGUGUUUUAUUAUGAGUUCGUGAAGCUGUGUAACAACAUGUUCGUGCCUUGCUAGAGACCGCUACUAAGUUGCUGUGAGUCUGCCUUUAACAAUUGUUGUGUCCGCCAGAACAUACAACAUUCCAAAAGAUGUACAGUACUUAGUCUGUCAGUCUGACCACACACACACAUCAGGGUCGGAGCUUUAAGUGACAUCAAAUCACUAAACUCUUCCUUUUGAAUGGCAAUCUGAGUGACUGAGCGCCUGAAAGUGUGUUUGAUGCACUAGUUCUCGCUGUUUAUUUUACAUCUGGAGGUUGAAAGUAAAGUGGCACAACACCUCCCACUUUCAACGACACGAGACUAACAAUGUUUAUUACAAAACGGAGAAAGAAAGUAGGAUGUUAUAAGAAUUUUGUACUCUAAAACUUAGCAAGAUUGGAAUCAGAAAGGAAUUUUUGGUGAUGGUGUCACAACAUGUUUGGAAAGAGAAAAUUAUUGUUUGGUGAUACUGUGGAAGCAUUUUUAUUAGUUGCAGGAAGCUGAAUCACAUUUCUUCUCUUUAAAACACUGACGAAUAAAAUAUUAUGAAAGCUGUUAUUUAAUAAUUGUCAAUACCUAGAUAAAUAUGCUAUCAGUGUUGUUCCAAUGCUACAGUAAGGACUAAGUUAUAGUGAUGUUAUCAUCGUCAUCAUCAUCCGUCCAUCAUCAGUCCACGUACUGAUGCCCACAUUUUACAUUAAUGUUAUUCUCCUUGUGUUGAUAUGUACUCACACAUGACAUACCAACAUUUCAUUUGUAACACACUUGCCUUUCACUCGGAGCUUCAAGUGCAGGAAAAUCACCAAAAGAAACUUCACAAAACACAGAGAAAGGAAAAUGCAACGUUAGUCCCAAUCAUAAAUGUCUGCUAUCCAAAUAGUUAGGUGCAGGAAGUUUCAAAGAUAAUAUAACCAGAAACAAUACUGAUAAACAAAGUCCCAAACUUUCAAGUUUGUUUACAAAGUGACUGCAGCGAAUGGAUCCACUGGUUGGUAUUGAGACAGGUGUUUGAGAUAUGGACAUGACAACAAUAAAUCCAUACAGCAACCUUAUUGUUAGAGCACAUGCACAUGACACACUGGUUAUUAUUUAGUUAAAGAGCUGUUACGGUUUGUUUUUAUAAAUUAUUUUAUUGUUACUGAACUGCUGCAUCCAGGUGUGAGCGGUAUUUGUACUUGCUAUUUAUCUUGAGAGAAAGGGGAAAUUAGUCAAAUUUAAAACGUUUCACGGUGAUUCGUUCUUUUCAAUCAUCUUUUAAUCUUGUUAUCGUACUAAUAAAAUGUUCUGUCAAAA